AUGGGGAGACGGAAGAUUGAGAUCAAAGCCAUCAAAGAUGACAGAAACCGUUCCGUAACGUUCCUCAAGCGCAAAGGCGGCUUGUUCAAGAAGGCGCAUGAGCUCUCCGUCCUCUGCUCCGUCGACGUCGCCGUUGUCAUCUUUGGGAACAACAAGAAGCUGUACGAGUAUUCCAGUAGCGACAUUGGAGAGAUCAUGAACCGGUACCAAUAUUAUGGAGCAGCAAACGAGCACAAGGGUCCGGCGGACUUCAAUGGGAAGGGAAAGUUGGAUGACGACGAUGAUGACGAUGAUGGAUCUGGACCUUCUCAUCACGGCUCGGUCGAGCCUCAGAUGAUGCCGCCUCAAUUCCAAAAUCAUGCCUUCCAGCAUGUCCGACAUCACACACCCUCGGCCUCUCCCCCUAUUCCGAAUGGAGUCUUCCCGCCUUACCCACAACAACGUCAACACACUCCCCAACCUGGACAACCUGGAUCCCGACCUACUUCGAGAAAUGAUGUCGUGAGGACAAACUCAAAUUUUGCUCCCCAGCCGCAGCAUCCUCAGCCGUUACCUCCGAAUGGCUACGCAUUCAUGCCAAACCCAUCUAUGUACAACCCGCAGAGUGGCCCAGUACAUCCGCCGCACCCUAACGGCCUGCCACCGCAUAUGCAGCAAGCUCCAAUGCAUAGUCUUCCAGGAGCUCCACAGCCGGGCGGACCUCAAUAUCCGAGUUACGGCCCACCACCCCCUCAGCAGCAGCAGCAGCAGCAGCCGCCGCCGCCGCCGCCGCAGCCGCCGCAGCAGCAUCCACACUCGCAACAAGUGCAGCAAUUGUAUGCGGAGGAGCAACGAAAAACUUCCAUGCCACCUACUUUCCCACAGGAACGGCCGUCAUCGAGAUCACCGCCGCAACCUCAACCACACGGAACUCCCCAACAGCAACCGCAGCAGCUUCCUUCUCAUCAAGAAACAGAGGAGCACCCCCCUGCACCACAACAGAUGCUCGAGCCCGUGAAGAGGAUGUCAGUGAAGUCACGCAGUAUAUUUACACCCAUCGAUGAGUCGAGGUCUAUCCUGUCCCAACACUGGGCCUCUUCUACUACCACGGUGGAGCCAAAUCGCGGGGAACGACCCAAUGCUCCAAAUCGGGCUCAGUCUGUGGAUGCUGCAACUGUCCCCAGAAUCAAGACCGACUACACUCCGCCCCCGCCUCCGCAACGGGCUCAGACCGAGAACAAGAACCGCAAUGUCUCCAUGUCCUCUUCAGUAGAAGGCUUCACACCCCCAUCUCAGGCCAACUUGGCUCAACUUGGGGGUGGUAAGCGUCCGGUUCUGAAAGUCCAAAUUCCUGACGAGCCUUCAGACGGAGGAAGCGCCACAGCGGGCUCCAACUCAAGCCAACGAUCAAGCCCAAAUGCAGCUGGUUCCAACGACACGCGCCAAAACGGCCACACAAAUUCCGAUUCGCACUCCUCGGGCGUUGUCCUCCCACCACCUUCUCCCUCAGCAUCUGCUCUCCUCUCAGCCGGUGCCUCUGGUCCACCCAAUCCUUUCGCUCGUCCGCACCCCGUUCCUCAAGCCUCUCAGUCAAACUCAAACAACAGUAAUCACAUCGACACGCCCGUGUCAUCACUACCGUCGCGAUUCAUGAACAACGAUUUUUUGCCUAGCCCGAGUAGCUUCUACCCUGAUUGGAACUACAGAGCUGGAGACUCGAAUACGUUGCCCAGCCCGUUGAAUUUCGCUACCCCUGUUGUGGGCACGGGGCCGAAUUUCCUGAGGGAAGACAGCGGUGGGCGCGAAAGUGGGAAUAACAACGGGAAACGCAAGACUCCUGACGCGGAAGGCGAGAACGCGGAUGUGAAGAGACCGAAACUUGUCGUUUAA